GCUUUAAAAAAGCUCCAGAUUGACGCGGAUUAUUUUGUUAAAAAGCACACGAUUUGCAGAAUUCCACACAGACAUGCAAGGAUAUGGCAAAACUAAGAGAUCUUCGCGAAGAAAUAAGGGAAGUUCAGAGAGACCGAGAUUUUAGUCUCAAGUGUAAGAUUUCCACCUCACAAUAUCAGAUACUAGAAUCCGUUAGAGCAAAAAAUGUGGAAAAAUUUAAAUCUAUCGUCAAUCGGGGAGAGAGUCCCAACUUCAGGACAGACACGGGGGACACUCUGUUACAUAUAGUGGUUGGAAUGGGAUGCAGCAAAGCCUGUAUGGAGAUGCUGAGGACUCUAGUUUACAUGGACAUGCCCUUAGAUGCCACAGACAGAUUUGGACAGACUCCUCUCCAUAUUGCAGCAGAGAAAAGCAUGGAAAUGGUGACUGUAUUGUUAGAAGCAGGAGCAUCAGUAAACAUUGAAGAUAAUGCUGGAAGAACUGCCCUGCUGCAUGCAUGUUCUAGUUCCUGUGAGGAGGCUGUAGCCAUUGUCCAUUGUUUGUUGGACAGAAAUGCCAACAUCUUCGCCCAGGACCAAGAUGGGCACACAGCCUUACACUGCCUGUGUUUGUCCCGACUGAACAUGACCACUAGGAUUGAACUAGCCUAUAAACUUCUGUAUGCUGGCCUAUCAGCCACUGUCCCAGAUAAGAUUGGAAAGAUGGCUCUUUGUCAUGAGAUAUCAAGAGCAUUGCAGCCAAGACACAAAAAUCCAAAGAGCCAGCAAUCUGCACUACUCAUCAGAACUCUAGUCAAAGCAGGCUCCAACUUCAAUCCCAGAAGCACCCAGCACAGAGGCUUUUUAAAACAUGUCUUAAACCUGUACAGUGAUUCCUACCAUGUUCAUCUGGUGAAUGAAUUUGAGCCAGUGCUCUCCCUUACCUCUAUUAAAAAACUUUUGGAAAUUAUACCAGAUGAUGACGAAAAUUAUCAACAAUUAGUUCUGUCUUUAAGGAGAAUCUCCCAUAAGAUUCAGACUCUGAAAUUCAUGAGUAGGAAUGCUGUGAGAACAGAGCUAAAAGGAAAGGUAUUGAUCAAAGUGGAUUAUCUUCCCUUGCCCAUGACGUUAAAGAAUUAUGUUCUGUUGGAAGAUGAAUAAUGUUUUAAGUUAAAGUUUAUUAUUAUUUUAGAGAUAAUUUAAAAUGUUAAUAUACUUGAAAAUAAAUCAGUUUUAGAAUUGUUA